GGUAGCAGCUGCCCUCGCACGACAGAACCAACCUAAGAGUUCGUCCAGUGUCGACGGGCUUUGUCCUCGUGACGUCACGGCCGUCUGCGCUUUGACCCUCCGCGUCGGUCUGUUGCGAAGAGAGGCGGCGCGCCGGAAAGCUACAGGAUAACAAGCAGCAAGACACUCUGCGGUGGUCUGAACACAACCCCGGGGGGCUCGUAGCUGCCUUCACCCGGCUCCAUUCGAACGCAUCCGUGUCUGAAAGCGCGGACACGGGGGGACGGAGGACCCGCGCGCGCCCGUACACUCGAGCGAAGUCGGCGUUGUGGCCUCGUCAACUCGGCUAACGUUAGCUAACGUUAGCUAACAUUAGCUAACAUUAACAUUAGGCCCAGCUACCGCUAACCGCGGAGCUUACUUUUUGCCACCAAAAGCGAAACAAGGAAUGAGUAAUGACUUCUGUGGUAGUGUCAGACGGUGGAGGGAACAUAGUGGAGUAUGUCACUGUCAUGGAGGAACCACAGCAGUGUGAGCAGCAUCCCGCCGAGGAGGAGGAAGAGGAGGUGGUUCAGCAGGAGAUCGAGGCGGUGAUUGUGGGCAGCGACGAGGUGGAGGAAGAUGUGGAGGAGGAGGAGGAGGAGGAGGAGGAGGAGGGCGUGGUGCUGCAGGAGGAGGGCUGUCCAGCUGUGAUUGUGGAGGAGGUGCCCAGCGCCCAGGUGGAGGAGUGCUACUCGGCCCAGGUCCUGGUGUACGACGACGGGACGUAUUUGAUGCAGGAUGUGGCCGAGGAGCAGGAGGUGGUCACUGAGGUGGCUGAGACUGUGGAGCUGUCGGGUCACGACAUGGUGUGUUUCGACAAAACGUUCGAAGCGGCCGAAGCACUUCUGCACAUGGAGUCUCCUGGAGGAUUGCACGGCGAACGCAACACAGCAGAGGAUGUGAUGAUGGAGACGGUGGUGGAGGUGUCUACAGAGUGUGGGCCCAUAGAGGAGGAGUCCUUCCCCAUCCCCCCCGACUGUGAGCCUGCUGUGAAGAAGAAGAGAGGAAGUGGACGAAAGCCAAAGUCACACCAGCCUGCCUCUAAUGGGUCCUUUGAACUGGGCAUCAAGAAGAGACCGAGGGAGGGCAAAGGCAACACCACCUACCUGUGGGAGUUCCUGCUGGAGCUGCUGCAGGAUAAGAACACCUGCCCCCGCUACAUUAAGUGGAUGCAGAGAGAGAAGGGCAUCUUCAAACUGGUCGACUCCAAGGCCGUGUCCAAACUGUGGGGGAAGCACAAGAACAAGCCCGACAUGAACUACGAAACCAUGGGCCGAGCCCUGAGGUAUUACUACCAGCGGGGCAUCCUGGCGAAGGUGGAGGGUCAGCGUCUGGCCUACCAGUUCAAAGACAUGCCGAAGAACAUCCGCGUGAUCGAGGAUGAGGAGGAGGGCGAGGAGGUGGAGGAUGGCGAGGGUGUGGUGUCCGUACAGCACCCGGCUCACCAGCAAGGCGCCGCCAGCCUGGGUGCCAACUCCCCCGCUGCCAUCCAGCCCCAGCAGACCUACGUCACUGUCAUCCCCAGCAGUGCCGCCACCAGGCCACUCCGAGCCAUGCCCUUGGUCAUGAACUCACUUGGUCAGGUGACGUUAAACUCCUCGUCCAUUCUCACCACCAGCGCAGGGUUACCUGUAACAAUGGCAAACGCCCCAGCCGGCACGACCCCCAAACUGGUGAUUCAGGCUCUGCCCACCAUGCUGCCCGCUGGCUCCAAGGCAGGGGAGAAGAUCACCAUCAUCACUAUCCCGGCCAACCAGCUGGCGACGCUCAUGCAGGCCACUUCCACAGGCCAACUCGCGCAGCUCAUCCAGUCCAGACCCGUCGCCACACAGCUGCAGCAGCAAGCCGCUGCCAAGCCUGCGGCCGGUGCUGCGCCCACGGUCCAGGUGAUAGCUGGUCGCUCGGCGCCGCAGCUCAUUCUGGCCAAACCAGCGGCGGUGGCUCAGCGACUGCCUCAGCUCCAGGUGAGCCAGCCACACGCUGCCCUGGUCAAAGUCCCCCCGCAGCCCCCGAAGCUCUCCAGCUGUCAACCUGAGGCGGCACAAUCAGAAGCAGCAGUCGAGGCCCCGCGCCCCUCCAGCCCACCAGCAGCAUCAUCCUGAGGGGGGGAGGGGGGCGUACAGGAAGUGACUGUGGACACUGCUGAGGAGGUGCAGGACAUAUCCCACACCUCCCCCGCCUCGGAGAAGAGCUUCUCUCUCAUUGGCUCUCAGACUCCCAGCCGAAAGUCCGUCUCCAGGGAGACAAGCCCCGCAAAGGAUUAAAGGGACUGUUGUAAAAAAACACACACACACACACACACACACACACACACACACACACACACACACACACACACACACACACACACACACACACACACACACACACACACACACACGGUUCAGCGUUCAGAAGACUUGGGCAGCCUUAGAUUGUACAUGAUAAACUCCUUUUUGUAAUCAAACCUAAUAUAAAAAGCCCAAUGAGACUUUGUUGUAAACAGAAAUGUAAAAAGCAUUUUUUGAUACUCAGCAGUUGUAACAGAGCCGACGCAGUCGGACUUUCUCUCUUUGUUUCCUCCUCUUCCUCCAUCUUUCAUGGUUUGUCUGCAGAGCUCUGUUACUCCACAGCACCGUCGCCGGCUCCCGUCACCAGCGUCUUUUUGUAUUGCCCAUCAAAAUGGAGUAAGACGACAUCUGCACGGAGACCAAAGAACUAAACGGUGUGCGACACAGAAGUAUGAUAUGAUAUUUUUUUUCUUGUACUAUCAAUGUAUUGAAGUAGAUUUUACUUAAUAUGUGUAUUAUAAAAGAGGACAAAUGUUAAUGAAA